AUGGAUCCUGAAUUAUCAUUAUAUAUCGAUAAAGCACAACUUGACGAUGACGAAACUCGCCUCAUAUUCAAUCCUCCUUGUAAAAUCUAUUCACAAAUAAGUGGAUUUAUAUCGCCUAAUCCUAAUAAUGUUAAUUCCAUAGGUAUCCCAAAAUCACAAAACUCUUUUUUCUUAUACCGCAAAAAUUAUACUGCUAAACAUAAAUCUUCUAGGAGUAAAAAGGAUUGGAAAAUACUUUCAAAGGAAGCUGGCAAUGCCUGGAGUAAUGAAUCGAACGAAGUGAAAAAUUACUUUAAAGUAUUAGCAAAACUAGCUCUUCAAAAACACAAAUUAACUUAUGAAAAUAUACUAUUAAAAAAUUAUAAUAAUAAUUUUUCAACUUCGCUAUUACCUUAUCCACAUUCUUCUUCUUUCUCUUCAACUUAUCGUUACACGAACGAUAAUACAAGUUCGUCUUAUCAACGACUAAAGCUACAACAAAAGCAAAAGGAUCAUUUAAAUAAUAACGAUUGUGCACCUUCAUCGCCUCACCCGUAUUCUAAAUUUUCUUGCACAAGCGAUAAUACAAAUUCGCCUCAUUUUAUGACUCGACAGCCGAAAAUAAGACAAAAACACGAAGAUAACCUUCAUAAUAACGAUUCAACAUCAUCACUUUAUUCACAUUCUAAUUUUUCUUGCGCCAAUGAUAAUACACAUUCGCCUCAUUUUAUGACCCAACAACCAGAACUAAGACAAAAACAAAAGGAUGACUUUCAUAAAAACAAUAAUAAAGAUUGUGAAUCUUCAUCGCCUCAUCUACAUCCUACUUUUUCUUACACAAAACCUCAUUUACAUUCUACCUUUCCCUAUACAAGUGAUAGUACAAACUCGCCUCAUUUCGUAGUUCAACAACCAGAAAUACAACAAAAACAAAAAGAUAAUUUUUAUAAGAAAAAUAAUAAAGAUUGUGUAGUUUCAUCGUCACCACCUCAUCUGCAUUCUACUUUUUCUUGCACAAAUUUGCCUCAUUUUAUGACUCAACAAUUAGAAUUGCAACAAAAACAAAAAGAGGAUCUUCUUCAUAAAAACAAUAAUAACGAUUGUGCAAUUUCGUCAUCAUCUUACCCAUAUUCUACUUUUUCUUAUAAAGAUGAUAGUAUAAUCUCGCUUCGCUUUGCGACUCAACAACCAGAAAUACAACAAAAACAAAAAGACGAGAAAAAUAAUAACGAUUGUGUAGUUUCAUCAUCGUCUUAUCCACAUUUUAUUUCGUUUGAUUUUGAUACUAAUGCUGAUUGGAAUACAAUUAUUGACUACUUCCGAUUUUAA